AAACGAAUCUCUCGAUAAGUAUGAAGAUAAUUCAAUUUUAUCAACAUAGGUGCGAAAAAAAGGAAUGAUUCUGCCAUUAUUUAUUAUUCUCGUGAUAGGAAACUCACCCGACUCCUUACUGCAUGUGAUACUGAAAUUUUAAAUUUCGAAAUGCCAGUUGAAAGGUAAAGAAGGAAGAUUCUAUUUAUUAUUCUGAAGAAUGAAAUGCGGACUUAAGUGCCUCGAAAGAAAAGUUGCAGUUUGGUGAUACAUUACACAGAUUCUCCAGUUUUUAAUGGCGCUAUGAUGUUAUUGAACUUAGUUUCAUUAGGAAGAUUUCCAAAAUGAGGGCUAUUAUGCUAUUUGCUAUUUAUCUUCUGAGGGUGGAAGCAAUAAGUGCUGUGAAAGUUCAGAAGCCGCACAUUGUCUUCAUGAUUGUCGACGAUUUGGGAUGGAACGACGUCAGUUUCCACGGGUCAAAGCAAAUUCCUACGCCGAACAUAGAUGCCAUUGCUAGAGACGGCAUCAUUCUAAACAAUUACUACGUCGCUCCCACCUGCUCACCUUCCAGGGGAUCUUUGAUGACAGGAAAAUACCCACUCCGCCUGGGGUUCCAACAUGAAGUGAUUAUAGCCAAUUCUCCGUGGGGAUUGCCAUUGGAAGAGAAAAUUUUGCCACAAUACAUGAAAUCAUUAAACUAUGUAACACGUGGAGUUGGAAAAUGGCAUUUGGGAUUUUUUAAAGAAGAUUAUCUUCCUAUGAAGAGGGGUUUCGAUUCCUUCUUCGGAUACUGGAACGGCGUUGAAGACUAUUUCACCCACUUUUCCGAUGUUAGAAAUAUGUCGGGUCUUGAUCUGCACGACAACUACGAAAACUGCUGGGAGUACAACGGCACCUACGGAACAGAACUGUUCACUCUAAAAGCAAAAGAAGUUAUUCUUAAGCACAAUCCAGCAAAGCCUCUAUUUCUGUAUAUUGGUCAACAAGCUCCUCACAGUGGAAACUUUGCAAAACCCCUUCAGGUGCCGGAGAAGUACGUGAAACCUUUGAUCGGGAUCCCCGAUAAGAACAGGAGGACAUUUGCAGGAAUGGUGUCUGCCUUGGAUCACUCUGUCGGAGAAAUAUUCGAAGCCCUAGAAAAAGCGAAAAUGCUGGAUAACACCAUUUUUGUUUUCACCACUGACAAUGGCGGUGCGGUAGAAGGCACGGAUGGGUCUCUCGGCUCUAACUAUCCUUUGAGGGGCAGCAAGUAUAACUUGUGGGAGGGCGGAAUCAGAGCAACAUGUUUCGUCUGGAGCCCUUUCCUUCGUCACAGAAGCAGGAUUUUCAAUGAGUUGAUGCAUAUAAGCGAUUGGUUACCAACUCUGAUAUCUGCUGCAGAAGGGCCCGAAAUGGCCGGUACUUUGAAGAACAUAGACGGAGUGGAUCUCUGGCCGUCUUUCGUCCAUAAUCUACCCUCUCCGAGACAAGAGAUCUUGUUGAACAUCGAUUCCAUAGAAGCCGUGGAGGGCAUCCGGUGGAAGAACUUCAAAUUAGUGAAAGGCAGCUAUUAUGAGGGCAGAUUCGAUGGAUGGUAUGACAAGAACGGCAAACUCAUCAAAGGCCUUCUCCCUGCCGAGCCAAAAACUCGUUUGGGACUAUAUAAAAAGACUUAUUUGAAAUACCUGAAGAGAUCGAAGGCUGCUCGCAUCCUUUGGAGAAAGUACGCUAAAGACCCUCGAAUUGCGAUGUCGUGUCCAACGGCAGGCUGCAAGACAUUUCCCAUCGUGAAAUGUGCCCAAAUCAUACCUCCGUCCGAAAGCACUUGCAAACCGAAGGAAGCUUCUUGCCUUUUUGAUAUUGAAGAUGAUCCGUGUGAACACUACAAUCUUGCGGAACAAUAUCCGGAGGUAACGGAGCAACUCGAAGCUUCCAUCGACAAGUACCGGCAUCUGGCGAAGAGUCCUGGCGCCAAGCCGCCCGAACUGGACGCAGAUCCAAAGUUGCACGGGAAUGCCUGGAUGCCGUGGAAAUAAUGGAAAUCGAUGACUGUGCAGAGUUCUCUUAUAAUAUCAUUUUAUAUUUAUGUUACUUUAAUUAAUUUUAUGUUACUUUAAAAAUGUUAGAAACUUUUCAUUUUUUUUUCUAAAUUUUUAUUAAAAAUUUAUUUAAAUUUAUCAUUUUUUUCCAGAAAUUCGUACUAAAGAAUCUAUUUGUUAUUUAUGCAAUGAUGCUUUAUAAAACAUCGAUAUACUAUAAAAAGUGGCCAAAGCUAAAUAAAAACAAAUUAAUGUUCUACUAUUGUUUUAAAAUACCGCCUCUGUAACAGUAAAGAAUAACGUUUGUCACUGCAUCAUUAUUAUACAAAGUAUUCUAUGCAUGGAUUGAUAGGCACCAUUUUUUCUGCUACUGAAAUGGUAGUAUAAAACAACAAGAACAAAUUUUUCUUACGACCUGCUCAUUUUUGCUUACAUAUCGACAAAAUAUCUUGUCAUCUGAAAUUUACUCCCCGGAUAAUUUUUCACAUGUUGUUAACUUUAAUUCAAGUAAAGGACCAAAGAUGCUCUGUUGAACAUUUUUUGUUUUUUAUUCAACUAAAUAAGCUAUAAAAAUUGUUACAUCUAUGAAACAGUUGAAGCAAUUAAAAUCAUUGCAAAUGCUAAGCUGAUUUAAUUUUGCAUAUUCUUGUCUCCAUUAUUGGAGAAAAUUUCUGAUAUUGAAUUUAUUAUGAGAUGACGAUGAUAAAGGUCCAAUAACUUUUCAUAAUGCCAUAAAGACUUGCUUUCAGAAAUAUUUAUUUUUCAAUUAAUCCUGUUAUUUUAAUGUAGUUCAUUAUAUAUUCAGAAAUAAAAUGGAUCAUGCCCUUUU